AUGUCACGAAAAGAUGCCGAAGAUGACCAGGUAUCUCUGGAGCUCAUCAAGGAAAACGAUGACGAGGAGAAGGCGGAUUUAAGAGACAAGAACAAUUCUUACGGAACACCUGACAAUGAUGUAGAAAUUGAGCUUGAAGAUGGCCGCCGCAAUACCUGGAAUACAAAAGGCGAAUAUAUAUUGGCAAUGUUGGGAUACUCUGUUGGGUUUGGAAAUUUUUGGAGGUUUCCUUACUUAUGCCAGAAGAACGGAGGAGGUAAGAGAGAGUAUGCACUAAAAUAUCCUUCAUAAAAAGCCCAAAUGAAAAUUAAGAAAGGGCCAUUCCUUCAAACAAAAAUUAUGUAAAUAUAGUUUACGUUUUUGAAACUGGUUCCCGCCUUAAUAACAAUACUUAUUAAGUUAAGGAAAUUUACAUAGAAUGACUUUGUCGCCUGCACCGGAGAAGCUAGUAGAAGUUUGCUUGUGGUAAAAAGAUCUGUUUUAUACGCUAAUCAGCUACAAUACGGGUUGCCUGAAUAACACGUCUAAAGAAAACGCGUUCAUCUAUUUGGAAAAUGUCACAAUUUGGCUUCUGAACUAACUUUCGUUGUUUUCAAAACAGAGGCUCAUUAAAAUGUAAUUAGUAGUGUAAACCUUCCAUUUCAUUCAAUAAAAUGAAUUUUAGGGACAUUUCAUUUCAGGCUUUGUUUACAAUAUAUCGGACAAGAAAAGCUAUCCGAUAUAGUAUGAACAGCAAGGGCGCGGCGCGGCGCGGUGCGAGGCGGGGCGGGGCGCCGGGUACAAGAGGUUCACACACAUUUAACAUGCAUCUUGCCGGCGCGGUUGGCUGAGAGGGUCUGGUUUACUAAAUUCCAGUCCUCUCUCCUAAAUGUUUACUUCCGUCUCAGUAGGUUCCAGUCCUUGCUCCUACUUAGUUACUUCCAGGUCGGAAUAGGUGUUUACACUGACUGCACCAAAGUAUGGCAGAAAACUUAUCCGAUAUGUGACGCUCCACUUUCAAGAUCGGCUUGGCGCAGCUUCACUCUGUCAUAGAAAUGGCGCCGAACAGAAGCCCUGUCAUGAUCCGGUUUGAUUUUGGCGGCGGCGCAAAAGCUAUCCCAGUGGUAGAGUGUGAGCAUGGCCUUAGUGACAAGAGACCUAUACAACCUGUUACCUUAUGAGCAGUAGUUUCUACAGCGAACGUUACAAAAUUACGAACGUGAUAAUGAACGCAGGCUAGCGACCUUUAAAAGAUGUUUGCGAUUUGAUAUAAAGAAAGUUAUCACAAUCCUGACUAGAAAUUUCAACCCAGACAAACGAGUGAAAAAAAAACCUCAUGUAAUCGCAUUCAAAUUUCAGCAUAGAGCAUAAAAACAAGCUUGAGUUUGAUACACAAAAGUGUAAGCUAAAAAAAUCGUUGUUUCUCGGCGCUUUUGCUUGUCCUGCAGUAGUAUGAUAUUCCUAAAAGUCGAUUCCUUUCGAUGCAGUUGGUGCAGUGUGUAUCUGAUUUAUGUCAAUCUCCAAUUAUCGGAUGGACUAACUUUGCUCUCUACAUGACCUUUCCUUUUUAGGAGCAUUUCUGAUCCCAUAUUUGAUCAGCCUGGUGUUGUUAGGAAUCCCAUUGUUCUUUCUUGAACUUGCCAUUGGCCAACGCAUCCGGAAAGGACCUAUCGGUGUUUGGAAGACUAUUCACCCUUACCUGGGUGGUGUUGGGAUUGCUUCUGCAAUUGUGUGCCUUUUAGUAUGUAUGUACUACAAUGUUAUCCUUGGAUGGUGCUUCUAUUAUUUCUUUGCAUCGUUUCAAGAUCCAUUGCCUUACUCUUCGUGUCCCCUGGGACUAAACUGCAGCGUCAAUAUGGAGUGUCAGGUUGCAGGAAGAACUCAGUAUUUCUGGUACAACAAGGCAAUUGGAGCGUCAUCGUCCAUUGAAGACAUGGGUGUUUUCCAGUGGCAUCUUUGCCUCGUGCUUGGCUUUGCAUGGAUCGUAUUGUAUUUAUUCGUUAAUCGUGGUGUCCAGUCGGCAGGGAAGGUAAGUUGACAAUUUGAUUUUUGAGGGAGAAAAAGGGAAAAGGAAGAGGGCGCCUACCCUUUUUCUCUCUCCCCAGUUCCUUUUCCGUUCCUCCCGUAUCCCUUUCAACGCCUGCCACAAAGGCUACUGAGCCAAACGAUAGUCCAAUGCACUUGAUCAAGCGCCUAACUUUUUCUCUGUGUUUCUGUGAACAUUUAGGCCGUAUAUGUAACUGCCUUGUUCCCCUACGUGGUGUUAGCUAUAUUCCUUGGAAGAGGUGUUACUCUAGAGGGAUCCACUGAUGGCAUUAUACACAUGUUCAAACCCGAGGUAAAAGAGCAUUUAACUUAGCUAUAAUAUCCAGAAGUGAUUAGUUUUUAGUUUUAUAUAAUAAUCAUAAUCAAAUAUUUAUUAUUUACUAAGAAUACAUAAAAGGAAACGUCAGAGGUUAUCCCUAUCGAGGAUGCUCCCUACAUAAAAUAUAAAAUAAAUAUGCUACAAUGUAAAAUUUAAAAAUAAUUAAGAAAUGGCUAAAAAAAAAUUACAAAAUUUCACAAUACUUUCUAAGUUCACUUCGAAAUAUGCUGAAAUCCUGUUCGUGCACUAUCUCUUUAGGAAGAGCGUUCCACUGUUUAAUAAUUCUAACAAAGAAUGAGUGCAAAAAACAAUUUACUCUAGCUAAUGGCUGUCUUAAUUUAAAUGAAUGGUUUGAUCUUGUUUUACCAUAACAGUUGGAUUCAAAAUAAUCAUUACAGUUAAGGCCAUUGGGUAUAACCAAGGCCUUGUGCAGACGAGCAAAGUCUUCCUUGUUCAAUGGACCAACAUUCCUUUUAAGGAAACCCACAAUCUCGUUGGCUUUAUUUACAACUUUCUGCGUUUGGGUGUUCCAGGAUAGAUUAGAAGUCAAUGAGACCCCCAAAUCAACCGUUUCGGUGACAGACUGAAGCGUACAACCAGAGAGCUUGUAAGGAUAGCUAGUAUGAUCUCUCGCAUGGGUAACACAUAGAACCUCACAUUUGUCAAGGUGAAAACGAAGUUGUCAAUUUUCACUCCAUUUCUGUAACGUGUUGAGGUCACAUUGAAGUUGUUUAGACUAUCAAGUUACCUAUACAAGUCAUAACUUGCAGUGACGUAGCCAAGAUUUUUCAAAGGAGGGGUCACAGACAGGGACACCAUCCAGGGAUCGCCGACUAUAUGUGGUUUAUACCGCUGCUCUCCCUCGUGUAUCAGCGGGCUCAGUCGUAUUAUUGCGGCAUCAAGGCCCAUAUUAACUAAAGACAAGAGCCGUUGACGAAAAUACUUUACAAAAAAACAAAUUUUAAAGAAGUGGGCUUUUCAACAAUAGCUUUUACGGUCAAGAUAUUGUCAUGGCGUUUUCGCCACCUGAAUAUUGUAGGUUGUUUGCUCAAAAGAAGGCCUGCCAAGGGGGGUCACGGGCACCCCAGGACCCCCCUAGCUACGCCCCUGACUUGUAGGUUUUGCAGACUAUGUGUCACAAGCCACCAGCUCCUGCACUGUUUCCAAAAAUUUGCAAUUUUAUGUUUGUAUUUUUUCGUCGUUGUUGUUGUUUCUUUUUCGGAACUCCACACAGUUAACACUAUACCAGAAUACAAUGUUGCUCCUCAAACUGUGAUAGACUGCCCCUUUUUAAGACCACUCGUUCAAACUAAUUUCUUGUUUUUUAAAUCUAGUUUUCCAGACUGGCAAGUGGGGAAGUUUGGUUGGAGGCGGCUACACAAGUGUUUUUUUCAGUUGGUGUUGGGUUUGGCUCGCUCAUUGCGAUGUCGAGUUACAAUCCAAUUCAUAAUAAUUGUAGGCGAGAUGCCUUAUUCGUUUCUUUAAGUGACAGUUUUACGUCAAUUCUUACAUCUUCAGUGGUGUUCGCUGUACUUGGUUUUAAGGUAAAAGCACAGAAUUUUGUUAACGGUCCCAUGUUGACGAACAAUUGUCAAUAAAAUUUUGUAAGUUAAAGUUCUUUCCACCUGAUGUCGACUGCUCUGUCAAUUGAAAAAAAGCGACCAUACUUGACUAAACCUCAUACAAGGCACUCUGGAAUUGAACCUUCUAGUAACGCUUCAAAUUCACCAACUUGAUUGCUGAACCUUUUCAUCUUCAAAGAUGAAUAAUGUGUUAAUAAUAUGUUUAGUUUAGCGGCCAUUCAGACAAAUAAUUAUUGACAGAACCGUCGCAUAGUACUAUUUGUGGUCAUUUGGUUCUCUGCACUUACAAAGUUGAGGUUGACACAAAUAGAAAAUCGGUAACUAUUUCAAAUCAUCGAACCGCGAUACCUCGCGCGCAACAUUCGAACCCAGUUUCGUGACGGAAAAAUAUUAAUUUACGUCAAUUCUAAUUAGAGCAAAUUACUUGUUCUACAGGUUACAAGUGAAUCUUCCUUUCUUACCAACAGGCCCACAAUUCAUAUGAAGACUGCUUAGCAGUGUACGGCGGAGUAAACAAUACAAACCUUCCUCCUGGAAUGACACUGGAGCAAAAAUGCCACACAAUGGAUUACUGGCUCUCUAAGGUGGGUAUAUACCGCUGUAUAAUUAAAACACUGGGAUUGUGUCACAUUAGUCAUACAAAUUUGCGGUAUAUAUGUGAGUUAUGUACACUUGUCUUCCCAGUGGUCGGAUGGCUCUAUCAAUUGCAUGAGCUGCGAAGAGACAAUUCUCGUACUUUCCUUAUUAUUAGUAGUAGUUACUUGGGCCUCAAAAUCGUCUCCGCGCGGUCAAUGCGUUUCAGAUGGGUCACUUGAUAUGAGGCGCCUGUCCUCGGUCUUAGUAUGUCACCGAAAUCAAUUGACCGUACAGGCCUGGGGGAAAGCGAUACAGGAACAAGGCGAGCUCAACUUCAAAUUUGACAAUCCUCCAGUAAACUGUUUUCAACAGCAAUGUCGAAAUUCAUUUACUUAUUUUUAUUCAUUUAUUUAUUUGUUUGUUUAUAUUUUUACGGUUGGUGUGAUAACCUAACGGUUUUUACCGACCUAAUACAUGUAAAUGUAAAUUGUACUGUAUAACGAUAAAUAUAAAAAGAUGGUAAAUUUUAAAGGGACUAUUGCUGGAUUGCUGUUUUAGGUCAAUUCCGCGAUGCUGAAGACAUUACUUACUUAGUGUCUCCAUCCAUACACAAAAUACUCCUGUACUAGAGUUGUGAAGAAGAUAUCAAACUAAUUUCAUUGUUUAGCACAAGCCAUAAUAGUUUUUUUGGUGAUUUUUGUAGGCAUAGCAUUAAAACUUGAAAAAGGUUGGCCGACUUAUUGAAGUUUCAAGAUCCAUGUCCAGCCUUGCCAUCCGUUGCAACAGAGAAAAGGAAACAAUUUCAAUGUUUAAUUAUCUUCUUGAAUAAAAAAAACUAGACCAUUAUUUUUGGAAUUCAAUUGGUGCAGAAAAAUUGAUGGCUUGUUAAAAUUUAAAAAAUAGCCCGACACAGACCCUUUCAGCUUGGAAGUAGAUAAAAAAAUUUGACUAAUAAUAGUCUUUUUUCUACAUUACUUAGACCUUUCAAGGUCCGGGUCUGACGUUCAUUGCCUUCACUGAAGCCAUACUCAAGCUGCCAAUCUCUCCUCUGUGGUCGGUACUUUUCUUUUGUAUGCUUCUUUCUCUCGGUCUUGGCAGUAUGUUUGGACUGUUGGAGGGUGUACUUAAUCCUUUAUACGAACAGAAAUUAUUCUCAGUGAGGAAGGAAAUACUCACAGGUUAGUUUAUUGAGAUCAGUUAGUCAGUUUUUCAUUUCCAAUAUUUUCAGUUUCAAACGCAUGUGACGAGUAUAUUCAACACACUCUUUCUUUCUUUCGUCCUUUAGCUGUCACGUGUUUUAUAUGCAUGGCCGUGGGCCUUCUGUUCUGUCAGACGUCCGGGGAGUACUGGUUACAGAUGUUUGACAGUUAUACAGCAACACUUCCGCUUCUGUUUAUCUGCUUCUUUGAACUUAUUGGAGUUUCAUGGGUGUACGGUGCUAAAAGGUACGUGACGUUUGCGCUUCUUAGGAAUACUUAAGGUGGAGUAGAAUGCCAUUAGUUGUUCUAAAGUGCAGACGGUGGGUUUAGUUCCUGCUGUAUAGCUGUACAAUUUGAGCUCAUUUUCUAUAUUUUUUACACACAGGUUUGAGGAUGAUAUAGAGUACAUGAUUCGAUCACGGCCUGGGUUGUACUGGCAAAUUACAUGGCGGUUUGUGUCACCUUUGAUAGUCCUGGUGAUUUUUGUCGCCAGUUUGGUCAACAUGGGAAUCAAUCCAAUGACGUACUCAGCUUGGAUACCAAAUAAGGUGGGUCAUUCAGUAUUAGUAAAUUAUGAGUUUUUCAACACACUGCUUUAAAUUCUAACCUUUCUCUACAAGUAACCCUUAAGGCUGCUUGUUAGCAAGGGACAAGCAUUUCAACUAAAGAGGGUCGACUACCGAGGAAGCAGGGCUCUCUGUGAAGCACAUCUCGCCGGCCAUUAACGAACGAGAAGGCCAGUUAGAGAAUAGAAUUCAAAGUUCUAUUUCCUAUGGGAGCACUACGAUUAAAUACCUUAUUAUGUAGAUAGCAGUUUUGCUUCUAAUUUUAGUAGAAUGGUUUAGUAGGAUGGUUUAGUAAAUAAACAAAGGGAGUAUGUUCCAAAUUAAAUGGAAUAUAAUAAUUAAGUGAAUAGCUAAUAUACCACAGUAAGAUAGGCCUCAACCACACCAAGGUGCUGGCCCGAGCUCAUUAGGAGACUAGUUGUUACCUUGAGUUCUAUCUUUCAUUUUCCAGUCAACCCGCCCUUUUCAGUCCAAGAAGAAGUCAACCAGACUCAGGAGACCUCCUUAUACUAAGUAUUUGUUGUUCUUUUCUUUAGGGUGACGUCGAAAGCGUGAAAUAUCCGACAUGGUGUUAUCCCAUCAUCUUUUUCCUAAUCUUCGCCUCGUGCAUCUUUGUACCUUUGGUGUUCUUGGUAAAGCUGUGUCAAAGAUUUGCCACAAAGAGGAAAGAAGACGGGGCUAUUGUAGAAGGGACACUCCUUUAAAAUGUCUGAAAUCUCAGACUGAAAUCUCGCGCGUAUUUGUGGCAGUUAAACAUCAGUGUAAUUGUAAAUUAUUCAGAAAGCACCGGGAGAAUAGUCUGUACAUUCUGAACUUGCUUUAAAGAAAGCAACGGCCAUUACAUCAAGCACUAGCUACCAUUUUGCAUAAAAACAUUUUUCACGUCUAGCCUGGGAGUGAUUAAUUUAGGCGUGUAAAACCAAAGGUUUUUAUUCUCCGCCGGAUAACUUACUUAACAUGGCUGUGCGUGAAAAGGGUCUAUGUACAUGUCUGCACAGGGAAGCAUCCACGCAGCAUCUCCUACUUGAUGAUAUCCCGAUGAAUAAACGGUGAAUCGCGAGUCAGACUUCAGUAUUUCAUCAAAACCUCCCUUAGAAAGUACUGGAGUCAUUUUAUAUUCUAAGAUAUGUAAAUAGUUGUACUCAGAGUCAAGGAAAGUAGAUAAAAUAUUUUCUUGUGAAGCAUGUUCCUCUAUACUUCUAUAGGAGACCGCCAAAAGAGUCCUCCAUUUCUUAAGUCCGAGUAUCAUUUCUGAGAGAGGGACCUGCCAUGCUUUGAAUGUGCAAAUAUUACAGGGCUUUUUGAGCUCCUAUACGUUCAUUUUACCGCCUUUUUUGCCCUUAAUUAGUUACUUAUUUGUGAGUUUGCAAGUAUUUAUAGUGGGUAAAUUUUGUAUUAUAUUAGGCUGCGCUACCCUACUCUAAUAAAAAUAAAUAGUAAUAUAAAGGAAUAUUGUAUUGCAUCGUUCAACUGAAAACCUCAACAUCCCCAGGGCAACGUUUGCGGUUUAGUUCUCUAGUAAAUAUAAGUGACUUUCUACUUCUUUUUACAUAGCAAAAUCACGGUACAUCUGUGAAUGGAAAUGAAACUUGUUAUAAUGUUACAAACAAACAAGUUGCACCAUUUAAAUUUGGCAUUGAUGCAAAAUCUCAAAAUCCGGAUACAUUUAAUAUAUUUUCAAUUUUUUUUUCACUAGAAUUAUUGUCCAUAAGUGUACUGUUGUUGAAAUAUCCAGAGAAACUCUUCAUUGAUUCUAAAGCGAAGAGCAGGAUUCUUGCACACUAUUAUUUUUGUCGUUAAUUGUUUUAAAUUAUGAUGGUUUUUAUAAUCUUAUAGAACAGUCCGUGGAUAGUGUGAUCGGCUUCAGUAAUAAUAAUAAUAAUGAUAAUAAUAAUAGAGAGCAAGUACAAGGAGAAAGUUGACCAUCUGGCCAUAGUAUUCUCCGCCAGGUUAUGGUGGGCAGAAGCGGGUACACAUGUAACAAUUAUUCCAGUCACUGUUGGAUCGCUGGGAUGUGUACAGAGCAACCUCGAUAAGGCUCUGAGGCCGAGAGUCGCAGCUACACCCUGCAAGAGACAGCUGUUGUUGCCUCUGGAUAUAUCCUGCAAAGAUUUUUAAUCCGCUAAGCUUAGAGGUUUGGCAGUACCCCGUCUAGUGGAGUUCCCUAUCCAGUACAGAAAACACGCACACGUACUGUGAAACUUGAACAUAACAAUAUAUGUUAUGAUAAUCAUCAUAAAAUUGAUGAUGAUAACAACAAUUUCCUCUAGAUCUGAUUUGAUGGAUUUAAAUGAAUGCCUUUGCCACUUGGCUUCAAAGGCUUUGAUAAGUAUAAUUGGUUGUUGACAUCCUGAGAAAAAAGUUGGAGUGUUAAGGAGUUUUUACUUACUGACAAACAUAUGAAGCCCGGUUCGCACUAAAAAAAACAUUUACAGAGUUGACUUUGCAAUUAUUAUGGAGAGCACAUUCCGGUUUAGUUAUAACCCUGAAGAGAGAGCUGGGUUCCUUCUGUCUAUGCUGCCAUCCUCUUCUCCCCCAUUCAGAGCGGAGCAAAGGCCAAGGAAUAGUUAAAGCUCUUCGAAACAAGUUAAAGCAGUGCUAAUCAAAAUAAUUAAGAAUUGAUAAUUAAUUGGCAACUACUGGUUUUAAAUUGAGAUUCAAAAUGUCACAAUAAAUCGAAUUCAUUGUGGAGGGGGGGAUGUUGUAACAGGAGCUAGAGCUUAAGGGGAGUUUUACCCGUGGAGGCUUAUAAUAGACUAUAGUUUUUGUUUGCAGGUAGAUGGGCCUACACUGACUGGGUUGAGGGGAGGGGACGGGGGGUGGGGAGCUUAUAAGCGGCAGUUUCUGGGAUACCAAUUAAGGAAUUUAGCCUGUUUUACAGCCAAGUGGACUGAAUCCUUUUAACGCCCGAAUAAAACAAGUCGGAGAUGAAUCUAAGUUGUGAAGACAAAAGCCACAUGGAGGUUUUACUUGACCAGUUCCCGACCCGCACAUUUCUACACUAAUUUCCCUUUCCUAUGCUCGCGUUGGAAGGAGUGCGCUUUGAAGAUUUUCGAAGGUUUCAGAGGAGGUAACUUGGCUGAGCAGUUAGAGCACUGGGCUUGCAAUUCGGCUGCCUUGAGUUCAAUUAAGUCCCAACCUGACCGAUAGCUGGAUUUUGUUCUCGGUACAAUUCAGUCUUCCGAAAAGGGACAAUAAACCAGUGAUUUGACUUGACGCUUGUAUAUUGUCACCUAGUUUGUCGCGGAGACAUCAAAGUCUCUAUUUGAUCGAUAUAUUUAACAUAUAUUUCUUUUAGUAUUCUAAUUAUUGUCCAUGGGUAUUGAUGUAGCCUGUGUACAGACGUCCCCUGUGUACUGAGGUCCCCCCUCCCUCAGAAAAAAUCGUCUCUUCUCCCGAUUUUUUCUGAGGGAGUGGGGACGUCUGUACACAGGCUAGUAUUUAUGUCGUUGUUGAAAUAUCGAGAAACCCUUUAUGAUUUCAAUCUAGGUUUGCCCGAGUACAAGGGCUAUACCCUGUGUUUGUUAGCCGGUACUGAUGACCGUGACCGAAUUCUGGCGCGGGUAAAAAGCUAGAGCCCAACGAAUACUGAGUGACCAUGCGCGGGACACAGAGUUCGUGGAGAAUGGUGCCGCCCUUGUAGGAAAAUUGAGCAGGCACUGAGGAAAGUCCAUAAAGAGCCUUGAAAGAAAUGAGAAUAAUCUUGAAGAUUAUGUCCGGUGUAAUCCAUCGCUUCCAUAAUAAAAGCUCUGAGUUAUUAUCUUGCUUACGGUAAAAAACAUAAUGUAAUCUCAAAAAACAAUUAAAAUAAAGUUUUUAUAUUUACACAGUCUGACACGUUUUCGAUUACUGUUCGAGAGAAACUGACACUAUUUCAUCCCCUUCUCAAACCGGAUGUUCAUUUUAUUAAAAACAUAUAUAGCAAUGACUACAUGUAUCUCGAGUUUAGAUCAGUAUUAUAGCUUUUUGUUCAGGGCUCCUGUGGCAAACGCAUGUAAGCAUAUUUGUGCUCACCUUUUAACAAAUUUGUCUCAGUUGGGGGCCUUUUCUUUUGGUGAUACAAUAUUUACCCACAUGGCGUAUUUCUGGAACUAAAAGAACGCUUUUCCGUAUUGCAAAUGCUUAUGGACACAGUACAUUUCGGCAAAAAUGGUGUUUUUUGUUUCCUUGUUUUUUUAACACGCGGCAAAAGCUAAAAGCUCAAAAGCAUGCUUUCUUCUCGAAGUGCAACUAUUUCUCGUAUCAAGCUGUCGGCUAACAAACCGUUUUAAGUACCCGUCAAACCCGUUAUUGUAAUGUAAAAAACUUGGUUUUCACUCAUUUACAUUCAUAUUGUUAAACGCGGCUUUUGUUCGCUGGAACCUCAGGCUAGCCGUUGUACUCAUUCAUCUGUUUUUCUCGAAAAGUACGCGAAUUCAAAACAUAAAGGAGAAAAUGCCGAGGGGUAAACGAAACGACAUGGGUCAGGUUGCAACGGCUCUAACCAUGACAGAAAUCGAAGCAGACGAAUCGAAAUGUGAUUCUUCAGAGCGAGACACGGUUAGCGAUAUGGAGACUCCAGAACGCCAGACAUGGGCUAAUAAAGCAGACUAUAUACUCGCCGCUAUUGGCUUUGCUGUGGGGUUUGGAAACUUGUGGAGAUUUCCUUAUUUGUGCCAGAAAAACGGAGGAGGUAGGUCAGCAGCUGUAAUCAGAUACAAACGUGGAUUAUAUUCCUAAUAUACACGUGACAGUAGUUAUAGACUAGUGUGGUUUGUAACUGCACUAUUAACGUGUUAAAAGUAUGUUCGCCUACAUAGUAAGUCAACCUUUAAAAUUCAAUUUUCUCUUUCACUAUAGCGACUGCCUGGUUCGCUUUUCUUUUCUCAUUCAAGUUGCUCAUUCACCACAGAUUAAGAGUUUAUUUAUUCAAAAUAGCACAUGUAUCAGAAUAAUUCAGUAUCAUCAGGAAUCAUAAAUUGCCAGAGACGUGGACUCCCUGGUGUACAUAAAUAUAGCCUUUAUACAGCAAAGAAAUUCAUUACUCCUCCUCCUCCUCCUACAUAAUCUAAUCUAGACUAAUAGGUCAAAGAACCGCCGAGUACUCUAAAGGUUAUCGUAUUAAGGGGUCCGCAAUAAUGAAAAAAAAUUUACAUUUUAUAAUCGGAUGAAAUUUGUACCCGUUAUAUCUUAAGAACAUAAACAAAAGACCGCUAACAGCUUCCGAUGAUAUUGAAAUUUUCGAUUCUGUGACUUUUUAAUUAUUUGAAUAUGAGACACUGAUAUCGACUGAUAAAUCAAGGUGGACCAAGUUUACUUGAAUCAAAGUAUAGAAACAUAUUUGUGAUAGACGAGUAGAACAGCUAACUUCGGGAAAUGUGUUGCUAGCUAGAGAACAUAUAACAUAUUAUCGUAUGCGAAAGUCAUAAUAUUUAAUAUCGACGAGAAGUUUCCUCAUGGCUUCCGCCUGCUCAGUUACUUGAGCGAUUAUCCUUCUUGGGAAUAACAGCUCAUGUUCAUAUGCAUGUUGACAUGUAACGAGUAAUUUAAGCAUAAAAGCCGAAUAUCUAUAAUGUACAAGAAACUUAAAAACAACUACUCUUAACAGAUUUUUUUGUCUAACACUGAGCGUUGUGUACAUGAGAUUGAUCCCUGGAUGCUGGUCUGAACUGAACAGCUAGUGAUCUCUGCUAAACAUCUACCUAGACCAACCCUUCAAGAACUCUCUGUCGUCAAUGAGACCAUCCUCUUCUCUCAGAAUGCUAGAAAUAUUGGUGUCAUUUUUGACAAUCAUUUUCAUUUCAACGCACAUAUUGCAAGUAUUUGUAAAUCAUCUUUUUAUCAUCUCCGUAACAUCAGCUGUAUAAGAAAGUACGUGUCAUCGAACACUACUGAAAUACUUGUUCAUGCAUUUGUAUCGUCAAAAUUGGAUCAUUGCAAUUCUUUACUCUAUGACCUAUCGAACUACCAAAUUAAAAAGUUACAGCAAUUCCAGAAUGCCGCUAUUCGUAUCAUCACUCUUUCAAGACAACAUGAACAAAUUACACCUAUUUUGUUACAUCUUCACUGGCUUACGAUAAAUUAUCGCAUCCGCAUCAUGUUUAAAAUUCUACUCGUCAUGUACAUGGCUCUUGACAAUCUGACACCUUCGUAAAUGCGCGAUCUACUUACACCUUACAUUCUAUCUCGUAAGCUACGUUCAUCAUCUAAAAAUCUUCUUUUUAUUCCGCGUUUUAAUUUGAGAACAUACAGUGCAAGAUCUUUCUCCGUGGUAGCCCCUACAUUCUGGAAUACUCUGCCCUCUGAAGAGUUUGUUAUCGAAAGCAACUAGAAAGGAGAAGAAAGGAGAAACAAAUAUGUUGAAGCAGACGAGAAACAGAAAGACAGGACGUUGUAGAUUGUGGCACCAAACGGGCUCAGAAGGCUGACACUAGUGAGACCGCAAAGUGUGUGAUAUGUAACGAAGAUGAUCUGAGCCACCUAUACAGUUUCUGUACACUGAAAACCGACAAAAACCUAAGAGUAUUGCCAGCGAUUUACAAGACUAUGGUCUUUCAAGAAAAUCUGGUGGAGGUGUGAUUGCUAUAAAGGCGAAAUAGUGUCAUAUGCGCUAUCUAACUAACUUGCGGAAUAGGCAUACAUGUCAGAGGAACGCAAGAAGAAAAAUGAAGCAGCUUGGGAGGCCGAAGAAGACAAAGAAUUAAAUGAACCCUAGCGCUAGGGUAACCUUACCUGCCUUGUAAACAUGUCGUGUGAAAAAAAGAAGAAAUAUGCGAGUGCUAGGGUAACCUUCGUGCUAGGGUAACCAUAGCACCAGGGUUACCCUCCCUCCUUGUAAACAGGGCCUUGGCAGGAGGAUCAGAGAAGGCUUACAUGCAGUAGUCUAUUCUAACCAUAUAAAAGGCAUAAAUAAAAGCUCUUGUUGUGUCUAAUUUCUAUUCUCUUCAUAUUUUGGAUAUGAACAAAUGCAACCCUGUACGUCCGUACUAAUAACUCAGUGAUGAGUGAUUCUACCCCCAGGUUCUUAUCAAACAAAGAAUAAAAUAUUAUAAAAUACACAACAGAAGAUCAGCGUAGUGUCCUUAAUGUCUUGGAUUAUCUUCUGGUGAAGAAAGCAAUUUUUUGCGAGUUCUCCGUGCAUAUAAUAUACCAUAUGCUAGAGCAUUAAGCAAUACAGUUUGCUUUUCUUAGCGCACAAAUAACAAAGUUAUUCUGACGAGAAUUAUAAUAAAUCUCAUUGACUUUGAAUUCCUCAGGUGCAUUUCUGAUCCCAUAUUUCAUUAGCCUGGUGUUACUCGGUAUUCCAUUAUUUUUCCUGGAACUAGCAAUUGGUCAGAGCGUUCGCCAGGGACCCAUUGGUGUAUGGAAAGCGAUUCACCCCUACUUAGGUGGAGUAGGACUUGCUUCAAUAAUCGUAUGCCUAUUCAUCGCCAUGUACUACAACAUGAUUAUUGGCUGGUGUUUUUACUACCUUUUUAUGUCGUUUCAAGACCCUCUGCCAUACUCUUCAUGUCCGCUUGCUCCAAACUGUACGGUUAAUGUAGGGUGUAACUUAGCAGGACGGACGCAGUAUUUUUGGUACACUAACGCACUUGGAGCCACUGCCUCAAUCGAAGAUGUUGGUGAUUUGCAGUGGCAUCUGUGUCUUGUACUCCUUCUGGCAUGGAUUGUCUUGUUCCUGUUUAUUAGUCGUGGAGUUCGAUCUGCUGGAAAGGUAUUAGUGUUGGAAUAACAAAAUUAUUCAUCUUUUCACAUGAAUCGAUGUUUCUUCAAAUGCUUUCAGAGUAUAUCUUCUGGAUAGAAAGAAUACUAAUGUGCAAUAAUAUACUUGCUACAAGUCGACCUCUCAAAAGUUCUUAAAAGCGAUCGACGCGACCUUCAGUGACGAAAAGUGAGCAAAGGAAACUUCAGUAAGGUCACGUACUGACCGAGCGCUCGACGCCAAGUCGCUAACCAACCAGGAAAAAAAUCAAAGGACUCAGUUUUAGAAAGUCUAGUGCAAUAAAUACUCAGUCCACGUUGUUUUUCAUAAUACCGUAUAAUCUCUUUUUCCCUCUUUCUCUUUUAUUAGGCAGUCUACGUAACGGCCACGUUACCCUACAUUGUGCUGACCGUUUUCUUUGGAAGAGCGGUUACUUUAAAAGGUUCAGUUGAUGGGAUUAUACAUAUGUUCAAGCCCCAGGUAAUCAGCCUUGAUCCUGAUGUGCAUUAAUCGAAAUUCAUAUGGACCGUACGUGAGGAACUGGCUAUUUUCGCGAUGUGGACAUUUUACAUUUUGGACACUGAAAAAAAAAUGGAAAAUUAAGUCUCCCCCUCGCCCCCGAAUAUGGUGCCUUUUGGUAUUUGCACGCCUUCAUUCUUGAUAGUGUUAAUUCAUAUUCAAGGUUUGCGUUCUUUUUAUCUGCCCAAGAUGGCAGGUCCCCUUUUUCAAAGUUUUUCUAGAUCCCCUCAUCAGUUUUGCAUCUCAAUGUAUUCUUAUUUCCAUAUGAUCACAAGACUACAGUAAUGUCAACUAACGUUUUUCAUGCAGUUUUCUAGUUUGGCAAGUCCUACAGUCUGGCUGGAGGCCGCAACUCAAGUGUUUUUUUCAUUAAGUGUUGGUUUUGGAACCCUGAUCGCUAUGUCGAGUUACAACCCAGUUCACAACAAUUGCAAACGGGACGCCAUAUUUAUCUCUUUGACGGAUAGCUUCACGUCAGUUUUUGCUGCUGUGGUUGUAUUUUCUGUUUUUGGGUUCAAGGUAUGACGUAAUCGUAUAGCUCAAAUAUACAACAACAGUCAAUCAAUGAUGACGUUGAUUAUAAUUUUUAUUUUUAAAUACUGAAUAAUAAAUGGAGGAUAUUACAUGGCUACGAGGAGAUACGAAAUUUCUCUUUGAGUGUUGAAAAAUAUUUUACUUGUGAGUGCAGUGAACGAGUGAAUGAUUUUUUCAACACUCAAAGAGAAAUUUCGUAUCUAAAAGCGGCCAUGUAAUGUUCUAUUUAUUAUUUAAACACCGCUUAAAAACCAAACCAUUUCACUUUUUACGGUUUUUUCCUGUGAAAGGCGCGAUUUAUUAUGUAGCCAUAGCAACGGUGAAAUUUCACGUGUGAAGAUAACAUGUUAUUUUCAGAUGAGAAGAUAUCAUGUUUUCGCGCGAAAGAUCGCCUGGUAUUUCAUUGAUGUUUAUAAACAACUCCAUAAACAGAAUUAAUUCUUACGCCAGACUCCAAAGCCCUGUUAUCCGAUAAUUUAAAUUACAGUACAUUUUUACUGCUAUAAGAAAAAUAUGAUUACCACUUAAGGUCGACCUUUCCAUCUUCAGCCUUGUGGAUGGCUUUAAACAGGCACGUUUUUCAAUAAGGAAAAUUCGUAACUUUUCUUUCAUAAUCACUUUUCAUAGGCUCGCAACUCGUACGACGAAUGCUUGACGUUAUACGGCGGAGCGAACAACAUAAGCCUUCCUACUGGAGUUACACUGGCUACGAAAUGCCACAAUCUGGAACACUGGCUAUCUAAGGUAUAAAGCACAUAGUGGCUCAGUUCCACUCACUUGUUGUUUCUUCAAGCAGCAUUCAAAUUCAACCGACUGAAAUUCAAGGGUAAAAAAUAAAGUACACCAUGUAUCAUGGUGUGGCCGCAGUUUAGUCGAUAGUAGAACUGAAGUCCGUGAGAAUUUCUACUCAUCUGCAUGCUUUUCGUUAAUAUUGUAUUCAUUUAUUUGCACUGUUGUUUUGGUUUUACGUUGUUAGGGAAAAUAACGAUAUAAAAACCUUCUUUCAGCAAUAUGAACACUUACUUCCAUUCUCGUUUUUAAGUCCUUUCAAGGUCCAGGUCUGACGUUCAUUGCCUUCACUGAAGCCAUACUCAAGCUGCCAAUCUCUCCUCUGUGGUCGGUACUUUUCUUUUGUAUGCUUCUUUCUCUCGGUCUUGGCAGUAUGUUUGGACUGUUGGAGGGUGUACUUAAUCCCUUAUACGAACAGAAAUUAUUCUCAGUGAGGAAGGAAAUACUCACAGGUUAGUUGACCAGCUUAGAAAACUUUAAUUGGGUAUACUAAAAAUGAGAAAUACAAUACCGGGGCGUGGCAUUAACCAAAAAUAUCUCGAAUACUCAACCGACGUUUAGUUUAAGCACUCCCAAGUUAAUUCAACUUGACUGAUAACUGGAUCCGCCUCUUUAGAUAGAAGAGCUAAUAAGAAUGAAAAACGUAACGUUCGUGAAUUUCAAAGUAAUUACAAUGAGUGAUAAGAAUUAUUUUAUUGACCCGUUUAAGCAGAAAGCUGUUCCGAUAUUGCAUUGUGUCCGUGAAUAAGUCUUAAGUAAGUCAUUUAUUUAAAACUUUUUUACCGCCGUCGCAUAAUGCCGCACGGUUAGCUCAAUGGGAUAAGCGCCGGUCUGCUGAGCGGGAGGACUUAGGUUCAAACCCCGGCCGGACCUAAACUCAGGGUCUUUAAAUAACUGAGGAGAAAGUGCUGCCUUUGUAAUAACAUCUGCAAACGGUUUGACUCUCUAGUCUUCUCGGAUAAGAACGAUCAACCGUAGGCCCCGUCUCACAAGCCCUUGCACAGGUAAUAAAAAAUCUGUGGGACGUUAAAGAACCCACACACUCUUCGUAAAGAGCAGGGCACGUGGUGCCCGGUGUAGUGGUCUAUCUCACUUUCACACUCAUGUAUGGGGGCAUCAUUACUCAUCUAUCUUCUCAUUGGCUAAGAGCCUACGGUUAAUUUUGGAAAUAAGCACAACCUACAUGCACGUGCAAUGCAUGAUUUUUCAAGAGUGGUGUCAAAUAGGUUCUGUGCAACGGUGCAUUUGUCAUUAUUUAUUUCAAAACAAAGUAUAAUAAAACAAUUAUUGAAUGAGGCUUUUGUGAUAUUCGGAACAAUCAAGGUCCAGGUAAGUGUUAUCAGCCGAGCCGAAGGCCGAGGCUGAUAACACUUACCGAGACCUUGAUUAGUAUCAGCGGGUUUCUGGCCCUAAGGAAAGCCUGAUACCAAGACUAGUAUCAGCGCGAACGUCUGACUUCUUUCUCGUACUUAGUUCUUAACUGUGCUGCAAUACAUAUUUUUUUCAUCAGGUUUAACGUGUUUUUUAUGUAUGGCCGUGGGUCUUCUGUUCUGUCAGAGGUCUGGGGAGUACUGGUUACAGAUGUUUGACAGCUUUACAGGAACACUUCCGCUUCUUUUUAUCUGCUUCUUUGAACUUAUUGGAGUUUCAUGGGUGUACGGUGCUAACAGGUGGGAAACUCGACAACAGUAGUGCCACGCCAUCAACAUGGUUUGUGCAUGAAGUUCAAGCUAGAUAAAAGAGAUCACAGCACUUUUAUAUAUCCAAAUAUGAUCAUGUUUUAAUUUUGCCCCUGCUUUUUAAGUCUCUAUCAAAUGAAUUGAAAGGAUGAAAUUCUAACGUAUGGGGCGGGGGCUCGAGCAACCCGUUACUAUAGCGAAGAGGUACUAGGAGUCUGGUUUUGAUCUUGGUGUUCUUUAUCUAUCACAGCACCUCAAAUGUUUUCUUCUCACAGCAUGAACUUGACUAUUACCCUUCAAAUUUCCCACUUAACCACUACAACUGAACAUAACUUCUGAAAGUAACUAACUGCGCCAAAUAUUGACAACCUAAAUAACUCAGUAAAUGUAGUUACGUUCGCGCUUGCUGACCAUGAGAGCUACGAACGUACUUCCUGAUGACUUAAACGAAUUUUCAUUUGAUGGCCAAAGUAGAAUAAACAAGCCUAUAAGAUUAACAAUGUCAAGUACAAGAAAACCAAUGAAAUUUUAACAACUUAACACACGAGGCUCAACCUUAAACCAAAACAGGAACUCUGGUAUAGGUAACAAUCAAGGUUCGAUAUGAUCCCUAACGUGUCUACUACAAGGACUGGCACUCAAAAACCCCUCAAAUCGAGAGAAAAAGGUCAUAAAAUUCAAAAACCAGUCGAUACAAAUACGGGCUAACCUUGAUCUGCAAACCUAAUCAUAACGAGACUCUGAGCACGAGUGAAACUUCAAGUGCAAAUAUGAAGUCAACUAGGUGAAUACCGCAUAACAGACGUCCCCAUAACAACCUAGAAAAUACUUCACAGCAUAUGUGACAUUGUCUCCUAAAUGCACUUUUCCAGGUUUUAUGACGACAUAGAGUACAUGCUUCGAGAACGGCCGGGUUGGUAUUGGCAAAUAACAUGGCGGUUCGUAUCUCCUUUGAUAGUCCUAGUGAUUUUCGUCUGCAGCCUUUUCAACAUGGGAAUGAAACCGAUUACGUAUUUAGCCUGGAGAGAAAAUGACGUAAGCUACCACUUAAUUAGAAUCAUUUUACCCUGCGUACUCAUAGCUUAAUAGUACGGCCUUGCUUUCAAUUAAAAGAAGGGAAGUUGAUCUUGGUGUUUUUAAUCCGUACUAUCUCAGUGUAUAAUUUUACAACACAAGACGACUGCACUUAGCACGGCCCAAAGGCAAGAGUGGAUUGGUUUUAGCAAUGACUGGCAAAAGAACUACCUCAGCCCCCGGUUUGUACUAAUGAAGAACAAAAGUAAUUGUGGAAUUUCUCAGUUCCAACGCUAAUCCAUGAUAACAGAGUCGUAUUAGAAUGUUUGUUUGCUUGUUUGUUUUCCAGGGCGAUGUGAAGAAUGUAGAGUACCCAGUCUGGUGCUACUUCAUAAUUGCUUUUCUCAUCUGCGCCUCCUGUGUGUGCAUUCCAGCGGUAUUUUUUCUACGUCUUUUACAGCGAGUCACCACCAAAAGAAGGAGAGACUCAGAAAUUAUCCGAGAUUUGCUCCAAUCCUCUUCCACUAGGAAAUCGCUGAAAUCAAGCCAAGAAGCAUGA